GAUUCCCACAGCAUCCAGCUCCUAAGUGACUCUGAGAUUCCUAAGAGAUCAGUGGAGAACACUAGGGAGCUCGCUCCUGUGAUGCUCAGUGAUGAUGGUGAUGGUGAGGACAAUGGCUUCCCAGGCUGGUCCUGGCCAGUUCCUGGGAAGCCCCACUGGCUCGGGCGGGGUGGGCGGCGGCGAUCGGCGCGGCAAAUCCGCGCUCCCACCCGGGCCUGCGGGGCAGGGGCGCGGCGCUCGAUUUCCUUCCCUGCCUCCGCAGGCCCUGUGCGCAUGCUCGGCCUACGCGGCCCCAGCCUUUGAUUGAUCGGUCGGCAGCGGCUGCGACCCUGGGCGGCGGACGGGCGGGGAUGGGGAGCCAGGCGCUGGGAGCGGCGCAGUGAGCAGCGGCGGCGGCCGGUGAGUACCGGUGAGUACCGCGGCAUGGGGCUGCGCAAGAAGAACGCCAGGAACCCCCCGGUGUUGAGCCACGAGUUCAUGGUGCAGAACCACGCGGACAUGGUCUCCUGCGUGGGCAUGUUCUUCGUGCUGGGGCUAAUGUUCGAGGGCACGGCCGAGAUGUCGAUUGUGUUCCUCACGCUGCAGCAUGGAGUCGUUGUCCCCGCGGAAGAGCUGCCUUCAGGGUCCAGGACCCUGUACCAUUAUGGGGUCAAAGAUCUGGCCACAGUGUUCUUCUACAUGCUGGUGGCCAUCAUCAUCCACGCCACCAUCCAGGAGUAUGUUCUGGAUAAGAUCAGCAAGAGACUGCAGCUCACCAAAGGCAAACAAAACAAACUGAACGAGGCCGGGCAGCUGAGUGUGUUCUACAUAGUGUCUGGUAUCUGGGGCAUGAUCAUUCUGACCUCUGAGAACUGCCUGUCAGACCCCACUCUACUGUGGAGGGCGCCUCCCCACAACAUGAUGACAUUUCAGAUGAAGUUUUUCUACAUCUCACAGCUGGCUUACUGGUUCCAUAGUUUCCCGGAGCUCUACUUCCAGAAAGCCAGGAAGCAAGAUAUCCCGGGCCAGCUCAUUUUCAUCGGCCUGCACCUCUUCCACAUUGGAGGGGCCUAUCUCUUGUACUUGAACCACCUGGGCCUGCUGCUUCUGAUGCUGCACUAUGCGGUCGAGCUCCUCUCCAAUGUGUGCAGCCUGAUUUACUUCGGGGAUGAGCGGUACCAGAAAGGGUUGUCUCUGUGGCCUGUCGUGUUUAUAUCAGGGAGACUCGUGACAUUGAUCGUCUCGGUGGUCACAGUAGGGCUUCACUUGGCUGGGUCCCAGACUCGGAAUGCUAAUGCUCUCUCUGGAAAUGUCAAUGUGCUGGCAGCUAAAAUCGCUGUGCUGUCUUCGAGUUGCAGUAUCCAGGUGUACAUAACGUGGACCUUGACUACGGUCUGGCUUCAGAGGUGGUUAGAAGACGCGAGUCUUCAGGCCGCGGGGAGGAGGAGACGAUCCAGGGCGAGAAAAGGCACAGAAAAUGGAGUGGAGAAUCCGAAUAGAAUAGAUUCUCCACCAAAGAAGAAAGAGAAAGCUCCUUAAUGUGUUGCAAGUUAAUUGAUUCUUACCUCCAAGGGAAUCCACUCCUUUCUAUGUGGUGUCUCUGUGCUAGAGAUUUCCUGUUCUUCGGAACGGGCAGUGCUCUUUGAAUAUUGCUAUUGUAUUGUCUAAUGUGUUUUUAAGGUUUUGGAGCCUUAUGAGUGGAAAAAAAAAAAAAAACAAGAGGAAACCACUCAUCCUCAAAAUACUGUCAGGAUAAUUAACAGAUCAACACCAUAUUUAGUUUAGAGUCUUACCUCAGCGAUUUUCCAAAUGAUUUGUGGUGAUGACUGCAGAAUUGUGUGCAUAAAUAAUAGUUUCCUGUUUCUGGUGUUCUGUAUGGCAUUAACAAGACUGGUAGCAAAGUUGUUUUCUUAAUGUUCUCUUACAGCAUAAAGUGGAAAAUCUGAUAAAGGUGUAACUCAUCAGUGUUAUGUAAUUGUUGGCAUUUUUUAUUGUUUUGAGUUUACAACAGAGAAAAUAUUUGUCAAACCACCAAGAUAAUCAUGUGUUUAAUUUUAUGAAUAGUGGUUAUUAGUGCUACACCCCCAUUAAAGAAUCAAAAUAUGAGUAGAUGACAUGUGUGUUGAUACUGAAAUCGAUUGAAUCAAAAUAUAUUUAAUAAAUAUGAUGGAUUACUGAA